AAAAUUACCUAAGCACCGCUCUCUCAAAUCGAACGGUCUACAAUUGACCGAAGAGCACGUAAGAAUCACACCUUUCAAGAGAAAACCCACGACUUUUCCUUUAUUCCAAACCCAAAAUUAUCAAAACCAAAGUUGUUACUUAUACCUCGUGCAUUUAAGUUUGUACACUAAACUAGGUUUAGCUGUUUUGGGUCUAAAAAGCGUAACCUUUGUCUUUCCCCAAUUUAUAUAGCUUAGCGUUGUUUUUCCGGUGUUCUUCAAGCCCCCUAUACGUCUCUCUCUCCCUCUCUCGGUGCUUGAUACUCUGUUUCUUGUUUGGGUUCUCCAUUUUAAGCCAGAAAUCAUGGGUAAAGGUCCAGGACUCUACACCGAAAUCGGCAAAAAAGCCAGAGAUCUUUUAUACAGGGAUUACCAGGGGGACCAGAAGUUCACCAUCACGACCUAUUCGCCUACUGGAGUUGCAAUCACAUCAUCUGGAACGAAAAAAGGUGAAAUAUUCCUCGCUGAUGUGAAUACACAAUUAAAGAGGAACAACAUCACUGCUGAUGUCAAAGUGGACACCAACUCCAAUCUCUCGACAACCAUCACUGUCGAUGAAGCUGCACCUGGGCUUAAAACAAUACUCAGCUUCAAAGUUCCUGAUCAAAGGUCUGGCAAGCUUGAACUUCAAUACCUACAUGACUAUGCUGGAAUCUGCACAAGUGUUGGGUUGACCGCAAACCCAAUAGUCAACUUUUCUGGUGUGGUGGGGACCAAUGUUAGCUCAAUUGGAACCGAUGUUUCAUUCGACACCAAAACUGGAAAUUUCACCAAAUACAAUGCUGGAAUUAGCUUCUCUAAUGCAGAUCUCAUUGCUGCUUUGACCCUGAAUGACAAGGGGGACACGCUGACUGCAUCAUACUACCACAUUGUUAAGCCGUUGACCAACACAGCUGUAGGUGCGGAAGUCAACCACAGCUUUUCUAGCAAUGAAAACACGAUCACAAUUGGUAGCCAGCAUGCUUUGGACCCAUUGACCACGGUCAAAGCUCGGGUGAACAACUUUGGGAAAGCAAGUGCGUUGAUUCAGCAUGAGUGGCGUCCAAAGUCUCUAUUUACCAUUUCAGGUGAAGUUGACACGAAAGCUGUUGACAAGACUGCAAAGUUUGGUCUUGCGUUGGCUCUUAAGCCCUGAAUGAAUGAAUGAAUGGUAACAAGUUAAGUCUUCUCUAUGAGUUGGAAGGGUUUUUGUUUUGUUUUGGUGGGUAUUAAAAUAAUUAAAUUCCAUGAAUGUUUGAUGUUUAGUUUACCAAAAUUUUCUGUUUACCCAUGUUAAACAUGGAUGGUAAUUGAUUGUCAAGUAUUGAGUCUUCUGUUUUCUGGCGAAGAAAGUGUUCAUCUUGGUUGUGUUUAGAUUUCAUAUAUUUAUUCAUUGCUUUGGUGGUUUUAAAGGUGAUUAUGGUUUUUCAUUCCUGUGUAGUAAUGUUUGGUUUUUUUUUUUCAAAUUUUUAUUUGGUGGGUAUGAUGUGUAUGCAUCUUUAGAUAAAAAGUUGUUGAAGAAACCAAGUAAUUUUGAAGAAUAGUUGCCUUUAAAACGGAAGCAUGCUAUUUUCGAGGGUAACCAACUAUUGGUUUUGGUCAC